AUGUCUAAGUUCUACGUUUGUUCUGCUGGCUGCAACCAAAAUUUUGCCAAUUUCACCGCCGGCGACCUGAAGAAUCAUGAGAUCACACAUAUAAUGAAGUACGUGUUUCUCCUCUACGGUAUACAGCUCACCUCACUUUUAUUCGCUCACGCAGAGGGUACUUCUGCAUGUGGCCCGAGUGUGGCUUUGACAAAGACAAAAGACAGCUACAAAAUCCAUACUGCUAAGCAUGCGGGCGAGGAACGCUCCAGCUGUCCUCACGAUGAUUGUGACUACAAGACUCACAACCCUGCCCUCCUCACGAAGCACCGCAAGCAACAACAUGGGUAUGUUCCUGUGCCGCGCGGUCUUGGUGCCCCCUCCGGAACACGGUCCCAGCCUCCGGCACAGCCCCCGCUUCCUGGUACAUCGUACCAAUACCAACCACAACCUACUCAAUACCAGCCUCCCCCACCUAUUCACCACCAAUCGUUGGGAGUCUUAUACGGCUCAGCAAAUACCGCAGACGAGUAUACCAUGUAUACCGGACCCGUGAGGGCCGAAAAUGGGUGGACUGAGGGAUGUAUGUGUCCUGAAUUGAUGCAGAGACGCCCUUCGGAGAUGCCAGGGUAUGAAUAUAGGCGUCAUUAG